UGUGAGCAGCAGUGGCUGAUGGGAUUGUUUGUGUCCAACAGGAAGGACUACACUUCCUGUCACCUGGAGAUCGACAGCAGCCUGCACGCAGACGCCGGACAGUACAAAAUCACCCUUGAGAACAAACUGGGCGCCGCCAGCGCCACCAUCAACGUCAAAGUCAUCGGUCUUCCUGGUCCCUGUAAGGAGAUCGUGGCGUCUGAGAUCACAAAGAGCUCCUGCAAAGUGUCCUGGGAUCUCCCAGACUACGACGGCGGCAGCCCCAUCAUUCACUACGUCCUGCAGCGCCGUGAGGCCGGCAGGAGGACGUACGUCAACAUGAUGUCCGGAGAGAACAAGGUGAGCUGGAACGUCAAAGACCUGAUCCCCAACGGAGAGUACUACUUCAGAGUCCAGGCCGUCAACAAGAUUGGCGGAGGAGAGUUCAUCGAGCUGCGUAACCCCGUCAUCGCCGAGGACCAGAAACACGUCCCCGACCCGCCGGUAGACGUGGAGACGCACAACCCAACAUCCAGCACCGUCACGCUGACCUGGAAGCCCCCGAUGUACGACGGCGGCUCCAAGAUCAUGGGCUACGUCCUGGAGAAGCAGAUGAAGGGCGGCGACAAGUGGGAGCGCUGCAACGACUUCCUGGUGCCCGUCCUGUCCUACACUGUCCGAGGACUCACCGAGGGCAAGAACUACACCUUCAGAGUCAAAGCCGAGAACGCCGCCGGGCUCAGCGAGCCGUCACGCAACACGCCAUUCGUCAAGAUCUCUGACGCCGUCA